AUGUCACAAAAAAAGCGUCAAGCCCCAUCCUUACCGGGCCUACCAACGUAUGACUCCUCCGCCUCCUCUUCCAGUAGCUCAGAGCCAGAACCAGAAGACUACAAACCAAAGGUCAAACAAGAAGCGGAGUCAACCCAAAAGGUAGCUGCAACCCAAGAAGUAGAGCCAGUCCAAAAGGCAGAGCCAACCCAAGAAGCAGUCGCAGCGCCAGGAGUCAUUGGAUACAACUACCCACCGGGCUCACCCACAGAGUCCGACACCGACGAACCCGAACCCGAACUUGAUCCACUCUCAGAUGAAAUAAAUUGGGAUAGCGACGAAGAAAUACGCGGAAACGAUGGAAACGAGGGAGAAAACGAAGGAGAACCGCAGACCAGCGGCGUCGUUGCCCCGGACACCAUCGUCAUCGUCGAAGAGCCCGUAGAACGCAUAUUCAGGACGCCAUCCUCGACGGGCACCGUAUAUUCGUUUAGAUCAGAACGGGCUGGAACAGACGCAGUCGUAGUAGUAGACUCAGCAGCUUCCUCGCCGCUCGGCCCAAAAAGUCCCACUCCCCCUCCUCCGUCUCCAGGUCCACCUGCGAACAAGCCGAAGGUGAAGGGCAUGCCAGCGGGCAUCACUCCGAGAGCAGGACACCAACAUGCAACAACGGAUAUGGAGGAGGAUGCCCCAGAUGCUGCUGUAGCCCGCGCGGUAGCCGCAGCGAAGAAACGGAAACGCGAGGAGGAAGCUACGACUAAGCGCAAAGCGCCGCCGCGGAAGAAGACACGGUUUGCGUUACCAGAGGAUGACGCCGACGACGACAAUUCGUCUGAUGCUCCGUCUGAACCAGCAGUAGUCGAGACGGGGAAGAAGCCGAGGAAGAAGAAGAACAACAACAACGACGGGAAAAAAGAAGGCACAAAGCCGAAACCGAGCAAAGCACCUGCCAAAAAACCGACAAACAACAAUCCGAAAGGCGGUAAGGCGAAGAAGAGUGAGGGUAUGGAGAAAGUGAAGUGUAGUGGAAGAACGACGAAAGGCGAGCCGUGUAAGAACGAGAAGAACGUGAAGGAGGGAGAUGAUUAUAAUUGUGGGAAGCAUAAGUCUAAGGAGUGA